AUGAAGGAGUUGGAGGAAGCUCUUCAUAGAGAUGAUGUGGAAUUUCUCAAUGAGCUGUUGGCUUCUCUGCUGCAGGGCUGUUAUCAGCGCAGUGACAUAACAUUUAAGAUAUUCUCACCUAAAUUAGCUAAAUCUAUGGCCAACCUAGUAAAAAGCAAGAAAAGAAAUAAUUUUAUUGGAGCCAUUAAGGUUAAAGACCAGAGAUAUAUCUCUCCGAAAGAAAUUUUAUCACAGUUUCAUAACUACUUUCAAACAAUAUAUGCGCCUGAUAAAAUUGACCUUGAAGCAAAAAAGAAUUUUUGGAAAAAGAUUAUUACUCCAAGGAUUAGUGCAGAUCAGCUUGAAGUACUGAAUAAAGAGAUAAUGGAGGAGGAAAUUGCCUUGGCAAUAAAGAAAGCUGCCAAUGGCAAAGCUCCAGGCCCAGAUCUAAUUCCAGGUCUCGAUGGAGACAGUCUGCGAGUUGAGCCUCUUGGGGAAGAUUCCAUGGGAAACCUCUACUGGUAUUUUUAUGGGACUCGACUUUACAAAGAGGAACCAUCUUGGGAGAAGAGGCAACGAGCACUGGAAGAAGCAGCUACUAUCCCAGACAAGCCUGUGAGGAAGAGAGGACGCCCACCAAAGAAGAAACUUCUGGAAGAAACCGUGGUCAGUUCCACAACAGAAAUAAAGCAGCAACCUCAGGAAGAACCCACAAGCAAUAACGCCCACUCGCCUGGUGAGGGUUCCUGGACCCUACUUUGUCAGACGGAACAGGAAUGGAGGGAGGUAACCGAAAGCUUCCGGGAGAAGGUGUCUCACAAAGAACGUCACCUCUACAAACUUCUGAGUGAAGAGUUCCUGCCAGAGAUUUGCAACAUGAUCACUCAGAAGGAGACAAGGAUACAGAAGGAACAGGCCGAGUUUGCUUCUAAGAGAUUUUCUGACCGUUCAAGCUUCAAAAAGAUUAGACAAGAGGAACAGGAGGAUACAAGAAGCCCUGAGGAGGAAGGAGAGAGGCAGCUGCUUGCUGUGCACAGGAAGGAUCAGGAGCUUGUGAAGAAGGAAGAGAGGAGGCGAGCCAUGGCAGAGAAGGUGAAAUCCGUAGAAGAACGUGCACGAAGAAGGAAACUCAGAGAAGAACGUGCCUGGCUUUUGUCCCAAGGCAAAGAACUACCCCCUGAGUUGACCAACCUGGAACCUGGUUCCCCUGUGAGGAUGGAGUUCAGAUCCCAAGAUCUGUUCAGUUUUGAGCUAGAUGACCAGUAUACCAGCAUGUACAAAGUAUUGGAUGCUGUAAAAGCUCACAAGGAUUCUUGGCCUUUCCUUGAACCGGUUGAUGAGUCCUAUGCCCCAAAUUAUUACAACAUCAUAACGUCCCCUAUGGAUAUCUCUAGUAUGGAGAAGAGACUGAACUCUGGGUACUACCUCACCAAGGAACAGUUUGUACGAGACAUGAAGGCAAUAUUCAGGAACUGCACCAAAUACAAUGGACAGGACAGUGAGUACACGUUAAUGGCAGAGAAUGUGGAGCGAUGCUUCAAUAAGGCACUACUCAAACACCUGCCUGAUGACGAGGCAGAUUCAGACUGGGAUAGCUGGAUUCUAGAUGAUGAAAAAGAAAAGCCCCAGAAACGACGGAGCUACUCAAGACGUUCCAAAACUGGGGGCUGGAGAAAAAGCAAAGAGGAAGAGGAAAACCAUAGGCAGACUCCUGAUAUGGGCAAACCACGCAGGUCAUCUCCUAAGAAGGGUGAUAAUGAGGACAGGAGACCCCCCAUGAUGACGGCUGACAUGUCACCACUUUAUUCUCAUCCAUUGCAGUAUGGUGGCAUGCCAAGGCAAUUUCUGCACCCGAUAGACAAGCCAAGAGCCCCUUCAAUGCAUGCUCCAUUAAGGGGCACUAACCCCAGCCUUGCUUAUGGAAUGCUGAGGUUUCCAGAACCACAUGUUGGUGAUCCCAAUCAACAAACCCACAACUACAGAAUGCAGCCCAGUCCUGGUACUCCAGAACUAUGUGAUCGGGAAACCUCAAAAAAACAGCCUAUGGAUUUCCGACAGUUCCGUGGACCACAUGAAGCCCCUACAUCCCCGAGGCUUGCUACUCCCUUACAAGAAGGCAUGCCACAUCCACAAGCACCAUUUAAUGCACAUUACAUGCCACCACCAAGACCCCACUUCACAGGUGGUAAUGUACCUCAUCUAGGACCUGUGUAUCCUCCUUAUAGACAUGGUCCUCCACCUCCUGUUUGGAAUGGAAAUGGACCUCCAAGUAGACCACCAAGGCCUGGGUUUCCCCACUACCCACAAUCUUCAGACUCUCCUAUGGUGAGAACACCAGGUACAAACUACAGUGUGAGAAAUACUUUUGGCUCUACAGGAAGUUCCAUGAUGGAAAGUCCUGAGAUGGUAGCCAUGCAGAGACUUUCUUCACUUGCCUGUCCACAAGGUGUUUCUACCUACACCUCACAGCAAGCACCCACCCCGUGUCCUCCCUCUGGGAAUCUCUCCAACACUUCAAAUGGGCUUGACACAUACCAUCCUGCCAGGAAGAGGACAAGCACAGCAGCACAAGGAGAGAAAGCUCUGUCACCAUCUCCAGCGGUAUCCAAAGCAGAAGCAGCUACCCCUUUCUUGCCCUUACCUCAGCAGAUGCAAGCUAACGGUGGCCAUAGCCAAGUUUGUUCCCCUCAACAUCCAGAACAUGCAGAACCUGGUUCCAUCCAGGAUGGGGAGAAGCCAUGGGCCGCAGGUGCAGGGAACAGCACUGGCAGUAACCCUCCAUCAAAUAACAGCCCUCAUAAUGGACUAGAUGGUACUAAUGUGUCAGAGGAGUCAGUAGAUAAGAAAUUAAAAGAUUCUGAAGAUUCUAAUUCUAAAGCAGACCCCCAGCCUCUCACUCGGCAGGAUGUGAUCUGCCCCCAGAGAGACUUAGUUGGACCAGACUCCAGAGUUAAUUUUGCCCCCAUGUUUCCUCCCAGUGGUAAUAGACCAGGUUAUGCUCCAGGGCAUAAUCAAGGUGUGGGGGGACCUCCUGGGCAACCUCAAUCUCCAUUCCCCCAUCCAAGAUUUGGAAAUGGACAUCCUCAAGCUCAUGUUGGCUCAUAUCCUAAUUAUCACAAUCAGAGGCCACCGUACCCUUACCAGCACCCACAGCAAGCACAAUCACCCUUUCAGUCAUUCCAGCGACAACACUACUACUCUCAGGAGUAUCCAUCUUGGCAGAACAAUAUGCACCAAUCUCCCCAAAACAGAGGCAAUUAUACACACCCUGUGGGUGAACAUGGAUUCCAAGGAGGAGGAGAUUUGCGCAGCAUGCUGAUGUCUCCUCUGCAGUUGGAGGGGGAACCAAAAGCGGUGCCAUCUGAGAACAAGGCAGAGGAAACUGAGGAGGGUGUAGGAGAAGGUACAGAUAGACCAGAAAGCCCUAAACAGUUCCUGGAUUUGGACAGUCACAAGAGACAGAGUGGGAACUUUUCAUAUGGAGGACCACCUGUAUGGGAUAGGGCAGGUCCCCGCCCACCCUCUGGGAUGGUUUCACAGCCUCCAUUCCAACCUCAACACCACUACCAUCCUCAAGGAUAUCCACAGCAACCUUUUCUUCCUUCACGCCAUCCUCCUCCAGUACAUGCCAAUGGUUACCAGCAUAUGAACCACAGCAGAGGCCAUUUCCAGGCUGUGAUGAUGGAGCAAAGUGGUGGCAUGCACUCAUUCCAGGAUAUUUACCGACCUCCAGGAAUGCACUUUCAGAGGCAGUCACCAAGUUUCCCCAAAGUACGGGCUCUUUCCCAAGGGGAAGUGAUGCAGACAUCCCCUACAGUGCCACUUGACCAGGUGUAACUUAUGAAUAAGGUCAUGAAUGUACCCAGUUCCUAGGGAAGGAGACCUAAGAGCCCUCUGCCUUAAACGGGCCUGUGCCUUUAGGGAUUUCUUUCUUCCACCCUAGAGAAAAGGACUAUAGGAUUCUCACAGCUGUCUGUUCCACCUCUUCAAAGCCAAGAAGUGCCCUGUGACACCUUAUACUGUAAUGCCUCUUGUACGGCUCAUCAUGCUUUUCUCAUUCGGAUAUAUAGGACAGACUUUCUCAGGAAAAUACGAGCACUAGCUCCUCUGUUUACAACUAGUUUUUGCUGCCUUUGCAUCUUUUUUUUUUUUCUUUUUUUUCCCAUUUUUAUAUUGAUAUUUCCUUUUCAUGUUUUCAUGGAAUGUACAUAACGUUCUCUAGGCCCUUCCUACUUGUUUACGUUAAGGAUUCCAAACUGAACACAAAAGUAUAUAUGGCUAAAAAGGUUCCAUGGUGUUUACGUCUACCAACCAUUUAUUGCACGGCCAUCUUGUGAAAACCAAGUGCCCCAGUCUAGGCAGUUGGACUAAUAAGUGCACAGAUUUAAUUCAGUGGUUAGAACAGAUAUUAAAAAGAUGAAUACAUUUGGAAGCCAGAAAAUGCUAGCACAUUUAAUGUUUGAUGCCUCUACAACAAAGGAAUUUUUAAAAAAAAGUAUAUUUUAUGUUAAAGAAUGACAGUGGAGUUAUUAAUUUAAAAAAAAUAGAUUUUUUUUUUUAUUGGAAUUUAUGCACCUUGCAGGAAGAGUUGGGGGACUUCUCCCCAUUUGGCAACUAUAUCCAUGUAUCCUAUCCCUAUUUACUUGUGCCAUUACUAAGUGGGUUUGAUUUGGUUUAAAAUAUUCAGGGGGAAAUGUUUUUUGGCUUCCAAUCUUUACAGAUGUUUAUGCUAUCCCAUGAAUGAUUACAGUAUUCAUGAUAUAUAUUUUUUAUUUUUUUUAACAUUGUGACUGCAUGAUAGUUUUUCCUGUGCACUGCUCUGGUCUUUCUGAAAUGGUAAAUAAACUGUCAGGGGCCCACAAGUCCAGUUGCAAAAGACAAAUUAAUGAUAUUCCAUUUAUUGGUUAAACUUGUAGAUCAGUUACGGACUCACUUUUUCAAAAUUGAUUGUACUGCUGGGGAAUGUUCUUUGAUAACUGAAGGUGGGGAGUCAUUUGCCCUAAAAGUUCUGCCAUCAGAUUUUUAAGACACUGGAAUUUAAUGAUAUUUCUAGGACCUUUAAAUAUGGAUUAUUUUGUUCUUGGCUUGAUUAAUUCCACAUGCUCCCUGAAAAUGUGAAUUAUAUUUAUUUUGUUUUAAUAUAAAUGUGUAUAUAUUGGUUCUGUGUGUGUUUUUUUUUUUUUUUUUAUAUAUAUAAAAUAUAUAUUUAAUUUUUUUUUAGUUGCUCCACACAACCUCCAAGUUACCUCAGCAGUUAACUUCAUGUGCUCUAAACAGUUUGUUUUGUUGUGUUUUUUUUUUUUUUUAAAUAAAUCUGUAUAUACAUAUAUAUAUGAAGAUGAAAUGUGUGAGAAAUAUUUUCCAGAUGAAGUGGAAUAUUUUGUAUAAAAUGCAUUUCUAGAAUAAAUGAUUUAGCUUAUA